CAUCCUCUCAAUCUUUCCCUCCAUCUCAUCAGUCCUACCUUUUCCAUUCUCCUGAACUCUCUCCAUCGGUUUUAACCAACCACAUCAGAUCAACACCGAUCUAUAUCCAUAUAUAAUGGCUCUGAAGAAACCCGGCAGACUCCCUCAGACGGCAGUUCUGAAGCAAAUCCUAAAGAGAUGCUCGAGCUUAGGGAGCAAACGAGGGUACGAUGAAGAAGGCCUGCCUGUGGACGUGCCCAAGGGUCACUUUGUCAUAUAUGUUGGAGAAAACAGGAGUAGAUACGUUGUCCCAAUAUCAUUGCUGAGCCGCCCUGAGUUCCAGAGCCUUCUCCUUCAAGCCGAAGAAGCGUUUGGCUUUGAAAACCACAGGGGUCUCACAAUCCCUUGUGAUGAAGACGUCUUUGAGUCCCUCGCCUCCAAUCUUAGACGAAAAUAUGGAUCCAACUAUGGAGACAAAAGCUAUAGCUAGAUGAAGCUGCCCUGCUGCUUCUCUGGCUUUAUUUUCUCCUGCUUCUGUUGUUUUUUCAUUGUAGGAGGUUCUUCUUUUAAACUAAUUCUAACCUCCACAAAUUCACCCCGUGACAAUUUGUUCUGGGUUUAGGAUGUAGAUCUAUAUAUUAACUUGCCAAUUUUUCCUGCAGUGGUGGAGGCAGAGGCUGGCAAGUGCAAUGCCAAUUGCCAAUGCACCGUGUGGAGAACUAAUUGUAGUCCCUUUUUUUUUAUUAUUAUUAUUUGUGAAAUAUAUUAUCAAAUAAAAUUUCUGUCAUAUCCGACAUUGCGCCACAUAAGCAACUGAGUAAAC